AUGGUUCAGCUCACCUCCGCCCUGGCAGUCGGCCUUAUCGGUCUGGCUAGCGUUGUUUCUGCUCACCCUGGCCACGACCACAAGGCCGAAGCCGCCGAGCGCGCUCUGUUCAUGCGCAAUGCUCCUGUUCAGUCUCGCAGCUUGGACCAAUGCGCUUCCAAGAUGAAGGCCCGCGGCCUUGAGAGCAAGAACGUUGCUCGCCGCUCUACUGCUGUCAAGCACCUACGCCGCCGUCGUGGGCUGAAGCACGAUGCCAACUUCCUCAAGGCCCGCGACCUUGACUCUAUCCUUGCUACUUCGCACGCCUCCAACCUGACCGGUGUCGACUUCAACACUGACCCGAGCGUUCUUUUCUCCUCUGAGGGCACUUGCAUUCUUGCCCCCGAUGUCACCCAGGGUCCUUACUACGUUACCGGCGAGCUGAUCCGCCAGAACAUAGCUGAGGACCAGGGGGGUGUUCCUUUGUACAUGGAUAUCCAGCUGAUCGACACCAACACCUGCGAUCCCCUUCCCGAGAUCUACAUGGAUCUGUGGCACUGUAACGCCACCGGUGUCUACUCCGGUAUCCAGGCUAGCGGAAACGGUGACUCGUCUGACUCCUCCAAUAUUGACAACACUUUCCUUCGUGGCCUGCAGCCUAGCAACGAGGAUGGUGUUGUUCAGUUCGAGUCCAUCUUCCCUGGUCACUACACCGGCCGUGCUACUCACAUCCACGUCCUGACCCACCCCGCCAAUGAGACCACCGUCCUGAAGAACGACACCAUCUCUGGCUUGUACACCUCUUCCUCCUCGCACGUCGGCCAGCUCUUCUUCGACCAGGACCUCAUCACCAAGGUCGAGAAGACCUCCCCCUACAGCACCAACACCCAGGAGCUCACCACCAACGCCGACGACAGCAUUCUCUCCGAGGAAGCUGAUACCAUCGACCCCUUCAUGGAGUACGUCCUGCUCGGCGACUCUGUCAGCGACGGUAUCUUCGCCUGGAUCUCCGUCGGUGUCGACCCUACCGUUGACACCAGCGUCACUCCCGCCGCUUACUACACCGAGGAGGGAGGUGUUGAGAACGAGAGCUCUAGUGGUGGCAUGGGUGGUGGUGGCAUGGAUGCUCCUCCCGGCUCUGGCUCUUCCACCUCCAGCGCCUCUGGCUCCCGCCGCACCAACUAA